UGUUUGGCAUCUCAUUUGAUGCUGCUCUUAGCCGUCGCUAGGAGACUGUUACGGAUUGUAAAGCGUAAACCUGAAUAUUAUAUAGUUCUUAUUUUUAUAUUUAUAAAUGAGCGUGGUGGGCUUCGGAACAUUUCCUCACUGGUUUGUAAAAUGUGGCGUGUGCACAUGAUGCUGCCUGGCGCCGGUGUUUACUGAUGUUAAACAGCUCCAGCUAACAGGCUAACUCGGACACGGACACCGCGGACUUUAAAGGACCCGUCUUGAAGCGUGCCGGUGGGAAGCAGCUUGUCCAGCCGUCUCCGUGAAGCCCGUACGGGCUCUUUAUUUAUUUAUUCCGGGGGGAUGAUGAUGUCGUUUCCCCGGCGGAGUGACGUCACUGCGGCUGUCUGUCGGUGAUGAUGUCCGACAGAAGCAGAAAUAAAGAAUGAAAAGCUGUGAGUAUCAGCAGAUCGACCCGCAGACACUCCCGACACCCGCCGCCACCCGUCCAGCUCAGCCUGGAAAUGAGUGCUGUCAGGGUAAGAAGACGGAAAGAGCCCGGAGAAAGUGGGAAGUUUUCCCCGGAAAAAACCGCUUCUACUGCGACGGUCGGAUCAUCGGGGCCCGGCAGAGUGGGGUCCUCCCACUCACAGUGGGCCUCAUUCUGGUCACCAGUGGACUGUUUUUUAUUUUUGACUGUCCUUUCCUGGUCAAACAUGUGACCGGCUGCAUUCCUUUGAUUGGAGGAGUCCUGUUUGUGUUUGUGAUGGUCACCCUGCUGCACACCAGCUUCAGCGACCCAGGCAUCCUGCCCAGAGCAACGCCAGACGAGGCAGCAGAAGUUGAGAAACAGAUCGACAGCACUGGAAACACCAGCUAUCGUCCUCCACCACGCACCAAAGAAGUCCUCAUCAACCAGCAGGUGGUGAAGCUGAAGUACUGCUUCACCUGCAGGAUGUUUCGGCCUCCACGAACCUCCCACUGCAGCCUGUGUGACAACUGUGUGGAGCGAUUUGAUCAUCACUGCCCUUGGGUGGGCAACUGUGUUGGCAAGCGCAACUAUCGUUUCUUCUACACCUUCAUCGUGUCGCUCUCCUUCCUGACGGCGUUCAUCUUCGGCUGUGUGACUACACAUCUAGCAAUGAGGGCUCAAGGUGGAAAAGGCCUGGUGUCUGCUCUUCAGGAGAGUCCAGGCAGCGCAGUGGAAGUGGUGAUCUGUUUCUUCUCAGUCUGGUCUAUCUUGGGCCUCUCAGGCUUCCAUACAUACCUGGUCGCUUCCAACCUGACCACAAAUGAAGACAUUAAAGGUUCUUGGUCAGGGAAGACUGGAGAAGAUGUCACCAACCCAUACAGUCAUAAAAACAUCUUUCGGAACUGUUGUUCUGUGCUGUGUGGCCCUAUGCCUCCGAGUUUGAUUGACAGACGAGGUUUCCUGCCUGCUGAAUACUCAGACCAGACUGGAGGAGCAGACAUCGAGCUUCCUGCUCCAGCUGCUAAAAGAGACAUAAAUGUGUGCACACAGGGAACUAAAGGCCUGGUGGAGUCGGCUGCUCGCUCGCCUCUCCUGCCCACGCCGUGUCCACAGGGGAAACCUCAGACAGAUGGCAACCUGCCGGUGAACUCUGACCCUUCAGCGGUGCUCUCUAACAGCAGAGAGGACAGCCAUCCUGCCACCUCCCCAAGCGACACUUUCCCUCCUCCUCCACAGCAUCAUCACCACCAUCAUCAUCAUCACCAUCACACCAAAGCACAAUCAAAGAGGAAGAAACGAGCGGCUUUGCAUACUUCCAACCCGGCGGCCCUCAGGAAACCGGCCUCCCCUACCUCUCUGAAGCCGCGCCUCAGCUCCACAGCCAGGAGCCACACAGGCGCUGUGAUGCACUGACUGAAACGUGCAUGCUGUAAUGGACACAGUCCCUGUGAAGUGUUUGUCGGACACAUGGGCGACCGUCAGAGAGGCGAGCAGGUGCUUGUUGUUUUUACUUUGUGGUCCGCAGGAGAAACUAUGUUGUUUCUUUUUGCUAUGGAAGCUGCAUCAUGUCAGGCGCUGAUUUAAUCCUCUGAUGAUCUUCCACUGAUACCAGCACUUCUGAUGCACCAAAUAUCGUGAGAUGGCAGCAUUGAUGAUUUCAUGGGAUCAGAGAAAAAGUCCGUCCUGAACAUAGAAUUCAGUUUGUUUUUCUCACACCUCAGUCAGACGUGUGUGUUUGACUCCCAGGUAAGAUGAGUUCCUAGUCUGUGACCUUGGUAAAAUAGGAACUCCUCCUCCUCCUCCUCCUGCUCUGUGACAGCGGUUCUUUAAUGUUACAGUAUGCGCAGUUGUUGCCUGAUGUCUCACACAAUGUCUUCAGACACUGACCAUCUCUGUGAGAUGGAGGCUGUUUCCAGGUUUUGGCAGAAGAAUCACACCGUUUAUCAGCAGCACUCACCUUUCUGUAACCGCCUGAUACAGACGAAAGCUGUGCUGAUUUUAGCACAAACAAACGUGUAUGACAUCAUAAAGACAGUAUGUAUAAGAUAUUUCAGAUUGGCAUGGUGACCAUCUUGGGUUUUGUUAUUUAUUCCCCUCUGGGAAAAAUCUGAGCACGGCAGACUCAAAAAUAAUGUUAGGGUUUUGUUUGUAAUUUGUCAUUUUAAAAACUAACAAAAAUAUCAAAAGCCCUGCACUUCAGGUCCAAGAUGGGUGUAUGUAAACAUUUGACCACACCUGAAUGAGCGACGUCAUGAUCGUCCUCCAACGGAACGAUCUGAACAGCCGUCCGUGUGCAAUAACUUGUUGAGCUCAAUCAGCAGUUCUCAAACCUUUGGGGUUCUUCUUAAACAGCAGUGGACAUGAAGGUCCAAGAUGGAGCAGAUUUCUCUCAGCAGUUGAUCAGGGAUUAAGUUAUACAGACUGAGAUGAAGGUUUACCACUCAAACUUUAGUCAAAGACUAAAAAAGGUUGUGUACUCUGGGAGCAGACGUUAGACCCGUCUAACUCCAGUCCAAAGGUCUAAAACGUAGCCCACCCAUCUCAGGUGGUUUAAGCCUGUUUAGUUCAGGUCAAAGGCCAAGAUGGCAGCGAUUGUUGGGCUUCAAUAAUAAAUCACUUCAGGUUUGACAGGGUUCCCUCAAACCUCUUACGCCUGUGGCAUUUCUGUUCUAUUUUAUUUUAUUUUUGGGGGGGUUAUCUCCUGGUACUGUUUUCAGGGACGUUACGCCAUGCAUUCUUUGCAUGUUACAGUAACAUCCAUGUGACAUUAAGGCUGCCAGUGCAGAAAACUGACAUCUGAAUCACCGUGC